CUGCACGUGACUUCCAGACGUAGCUACAUUUUUCGGAAUUCGAACGCUGUCUAGAUUCACCACUCGGAUUAGAAAACAACACGGUGUCUUUUUUAUCAGAACGACGAUUUUACAGUUUACUGACCACCUGUAUUCAGAACGAAAUUACCUUAGAUUUAAUUAGCAGAUUAGCUAGCUACGUCCACAAAUAUUUGUGCAAAAGCGACUGUUAACAAGAUUGCAAUCCAGCGACUGACAUGUAGCUAACUUCCAAAAAUGAGGAAGAAACAGGUGAGCUUGUCCGAGUUAGUAGUUAGCCAACGUUAGCUAGUUAAGCUCCCACAAUAUAUACUAUUAUUUAACACUAUUUAGCUACCUAGCUAGCGAUUAAAUUGUCUUUGGAAAUUAUUUAGUCUUUCAUCAACGAACUAACGGUAGUCUGUUAGCUAGUGGGGCAGUAGUUUGCUAGCUAGCUAUCUCCGUUGGUUACGGUAGCCAGCUAAGAAGUGUUAGUUACUUAGCUAAUGAAUAAUGUCUGCAACUGUGUUGAUUUAACAAAAUGCGUGAACUCAUUUCAGAUGUCUAGUCGAGUUAGCAAUUUGAAGCGGCGAAAGGAGAAGUGCACUCGUGCCUCAAGCGACCUAAACCUCAAGGUGAAGAGUUCAGAUAAGGUGAAUGUUGUGUUUUAGUUAUUCUCAUUUUAGCUACGUGUUAAAUUAUGGCUGGUCCGUCAGUGUUAUGGAAGCCUUUUAGUAUUUUUAAUACGCUGUUUUGCCUUCAUAGAGUUCAGUGAAGAGGAUGGAUGUUAAAAAAACGAAAUUGGAAGACUCAAAAACCGAAAUGCCCCUGAAUGACUGUAUGGUUGGCGGUUGUAGGGCGUCAACAACCACUUCUGAGAAGCUCAGCUGUGAUGGUUAUAAGUGGGAUGAAAAGACAAGGUGUGGAGCACCACCAGACAUGGAUGAAUUGUGGGAAGGUAAAGAGAAUGGUCUGAGAUUUGAGUUGAAUUACUGCAAAACAAACGGGUUACCAGAGAAUAUGGAGGGUGACGAAACUGAAGAGGGUGUUGUGAUUGACAAGAGCAUCUUCCUUGACGAUGACAGUAACCAGGUUCUUCCUGUGGAAAAGUUCUUCGGAAACAUGGAAGUUGUACAGGUGAGAGGAGAUUUUUAUAACAAGGCCAAUGUGCUUGGUGUGAUGGGUGAAAUAAUGGUCUGCUGUUUGGAGCAUGAUGUGGCCUAAUUUCAAAUACUCUGAUAUUUCCAUUUGCCUUGUAGGAUUGUCCACGGAGAUCUGCAGCCUCCUCGACCUUCAGCAGGAGGGAGCACCGGAGACGACAGUACUACGCCAAAGAGGACAGUGAUGAAGAAGAGGGCUACACAGACAUGCAAGAUGACAUAGGUGGCACUUAGUUUACAGAAAUAACUAAUUCAUAUCAAUGGAAUGGAUUAAAACCUCUGUCCUUUUACUAGCCUAAUGGCAGAUAAGCCUUGGAAAGUGGGUUUGUUCAAUGGAACGAGGGUAUCAAGUUAACUUUUUGCCAGCAUGUAACCCAAAGUUUAAACAUUUGUAUUGCUAUUUGCACUAACAAAAUAACUAUUUGAUUUUCAAUUAUCAGGACCUAUAGUUUAUAGUGUGUGUGUAUAUAUUGUUUAAUUGGUACAGGGUAAGCGCUCGUUCUAUUUUUUUUUUUAUUGAAUGUGUCUUUUACUAUGUUGUUACUGGUUGCCUUGUCAGUAUGUAUGCACAAUAAUAGCUUUUUAUUUGGCGUUUUUAUAUUGCUAUGUAAUAGCACGACUGAAUGAAUGGAACAUAUAAAUCAUGUAGUCUUUAGGCAGGUUUCCAAUGACCCAGGUUUAUUCGACAAAAGCAAUGUAGAAAAAAAUAAUAAUUGUGACGUGUAAUGGAAACGGCAGAUAUAGGAAACCAUUUCUAAAGAUCUACAACAUUUUUAUCUGUUCGACGGGUGGGAUUUUCCUUUCGUCAAACCUUCUUUGCGACAAAUGAUGAUGGAAACUGUUUUUCGAAUAAAUAAUUGCUGAAUUCUUUGGAAGGUACAUGGGGCACGUGAUGUCAUCACGUAACAAUACGCUCCACAUUUAAUUCUAAAUGCCUACUGUUUGGAAAAUCAAUUUCCUCAACUGGUUGGCUGGCAAGUUUCACCAUUUAAUUAUUUCUGAU